CGCCUUCAGUUCGAUGAACAACGCAGGAUACCCAUUUGAAUGCGUCUUUUCUUCACCCUUCUUUAUUUGUGUCUGGAUGUGCAUGCAAAUUGAUCUUCUAACUAAAUACCCGAGGCGGUGACCCAUGUUGAUCCCGCGAGUGGCACUAUCCGAGUUUUAUUGCAUACUCCAGCCCCAUGUUGCAUAUUGCAUGUUGCAUGUUGCAUUAUAUCUGUGCAUGUAGAGGUGCAGAUCUUCCGACGCUGUGCCUUUGUAUUUUCUUCUCGUGCCGUGUGGUUGACAUUGGGCGGCGUCCAGGAGUUUCUGUGGCCCCGAUUCUGUUUUCUUUGUUGUUAGUGUUCUGCUGCCUACUUUGGCUGGAGGGAGGUUACUGGGCUACUAUAGGCCAGUACGCGGAGAGGAGGUAUCCCAUGAGAAAAGCAGGACUUAGAAUCAUGGGUGUUGAUAGUGGGACAUACCUGUUAGGAGAACAUAAUUGACGUUGGCCCGAGGGCUCAUAGAUAAUCACAUAUUUGC